CACCAAUCGUACUGUUUAGCCUCCGCUUUUAAGACCAAGAACCUCCACGAUGAAGGUUGCUACCCACUCCAUAUCCACGAUCUUUGUGUKGUUCGCUGUCUCGGCCGCGGUCAUCUGCUGUAGCGCUAAAAAAAACAGAAACGCCCCCCACAUCCACAAGGGACUCCUCAAGCCUUAUGAGGCGGGUCCGUUUAKGGCCAUCGAGCUGACCGACGGCSACGAAAAGAUCCUGGACAACGGGAAACCGAUCAUGACGCAGAUCUCAGAGGGUGAUGGUCUCGAAGGAACCUCGAUCUGUGUGCAGGACGUUGARGCACCCAAGGUGCGUUGCGUUCAAGUUGAUUGGAUCGGAUUGGAUUACCCKAUGUUCGUGUCGUCAGCACCGUAUCGCAUUCGUGUGGAUCGGCACAAACUCUGAAACAAAAGUAACGAAAAUAUUCAAGUUGUAUAACAGCAACUCGUCGAAAAUGUUUUGGAGAAUUYCAUUGUCCCCACGACACUCAAACGAACGCAACCGGAUUUCUUAUUGAAUGCAAGCAAUGCUCGCGUUUCAUCCAUCAUUUUCACUGACACAAACAGUUUUCGCGCUUCAUCGAUUCAUUCAUUCAUUAAAAUUCCAAAACAAAUGUUGUCUUGUAUCCCAGGAAGCAGUCUGGUCGCAAAUUUUGGAUCUCGACGCCUACAAGGGAAAGGUGCCAAAAGUCAGCAAAUGCGAAAAUUAUGUUGCAAAAUUAAACGAAGACGGCACCUCUACCAUGAAAACCGAGAUGGCGGUGAAGGUUAUUCCCGGAUAUGGAGUGAGUAUUUUGUCUGUUAUUCACACAAAAGCAAACAUCGAUUUCCCUGCMUUGAUAGGCUCUCUGAUCGAACCAGCUAUUCUUCGUUCCCGCUUGAAUUGCAAUGACCUAUCAUUUGGGUAAUUUCCUCACGCCCCGAACACACCAUCUUUCUCUUUGCAUCCCGAACGAUACUGCCAUUGUGGUUUAUUUAAAGUACACCUCUUUUUACGACCAUACGUACGACCCGAGCAAGGGUAGCAUGACCUGGAGACUUGAUUACGACAAGACCAGCGACUUUGACGAUGUUGCCGGGCACUGGCACGUGGAGGACCACCCAACGAAACCCAACUGCWCACGUGUAUUUUACGCAUGCGACAUCAAGCUUAAGGGCUCAGUCCCCGGACCCGUAAUGAACUUUGUCAGUAAGUCUGCUCUUAAGGCCGCGACUGGUUGGGUAAAGAAAGAAAGCGAGAAGAAUCCAACAGCGGAAGUGGGCCUCGCGUUUGUUGACAAGGGCAAGAUGACGGCAGAAGUAGAAUGAAGGACAAAUUCGGAACGAACCAAAAAUUAGAGUCCCGGGUUUUGUUGUGGGUGUUACUUAAACGCCAGCAACUCUUCACGAAAGGUAUUGUUUUACAGAAAUGAAAGCUGCAGUAUUAUGAACAAGCCUAUCAUCUGAUGUCUAUGGGUUGCUAUGGAAGCGGUGUUCUUUCGAAAUUUGAGAGGUUUCCUGCGUAGGGUAUGAUAGAAUUUGUAUACGUAUACAAUGGUACUAGUAAUAAAAUAAUAGAUUUCAUAGUUUGAG